AUGCAUACGCCGACCGAAUACAGUGUUCGCCAAUUUGGUCGACGACCGGUCCCAACGAACGCUGGAUACGAGCCUGGCCCCGUGCCAGCUCAUGGAUAUUAUCAGCCUGCUGGGCCCCUGAUCAAGGAAAACAGUGCAGAUGCAGAAAGAGCUCUGGGCAGAUAUCAUCCACCCCCACAUUACCACCCCCCGCAUCCUUCUGUGCUGCAACAAUAUGGUCCACCGUACUAUCCGGCGGAGUUAUGCUACGGGCGAUAUUACAGACCGCCCGGGCCUUACCACAUACCACCGCCACAGCCUGAAGCACAGAUGGUGGGCGUGGGGAGCGAGCCAUAUCCACCACCGCAAUACUACGGCACACCACCAUGUUACCAACAUUCACCACAGAGAAUACCAUACGUCGAAUACCGCGGAUGCCCGUGCCCAUUGAACGCGUGUCCAAAAAACGUCCUUAUUGGGCCCGCUACUGGUAAAGCCCCAGCCGGUGGCGGCCCCGCUGACGCACACGCUCUAGCGCCGCCCGGGGGUGCCUUCCGCGCGAAGGUGCGGGCCUGCGCUCUCGACUCCGCCGCCGACACGCACGGCAGCGGCAAGGAUCCGCCGUUAGAACCGGAGCCGCCGGCCGCAGCCGACGCCCCGCACCCUUGCCCGCUGCCCGCUAUCGGAGGCGCGUCGCCCAAACGCGAACUUUACGACGUUCGCGAAAACCUUCGCCUGGCGGCGGACUUACCAGGUCCCGCCGAGGCAUUAGGCCCCCCCUCACCUGCAAGGGGCUCAGCUGGUGCGUGCGCCCCUCAGCCACCCCCCACUGCCCCCCGAAGGGCCAGACUUGGCAAAGCAAUGGCGAGAAGAACCUUAGUAGGAGACGACACAGGCCUACUAUUGACGGUGCCCCAUCCACCGACACAACACAGCGAUGCCGACGACGACGUCCUCGCAAUUUCGCCACCAAUAUGUGCACCGAUAGAUUUGUCCUCCUCUGAUGAACGCUCGACACCCUUAGUGGACGUCAAAAAGGAAAACGAAGGCCCGACAUACACAACUCCGCGGAAAGCUGACGCCCAAGCAUUGAGGGAGCAUAAUAGUGCGACAACACCAACAGAAGCGCCUGAUGCGACAGACGCCAGUAAAGCGGUGAAGCGGAGAUACUCGAAGCCGAAACUGGAAAUCGACCUAAGGGAUAUACAACUCGAUGACGCCUGCAAAACCAAUGGAAUAGGGGAACACGUGAAACUGCAAAAGAGAAGGAAAGUGUCUGGAGAUCAAACUGAUAUUUUAAGGACAGAGACUGUGACGAAGGAAUCGAAAAAGAAAGCCACACCAAGUAUAAAGCGAACGCCUCGAUCGCCUCCGGCGGAGAAAAAAUCCUUGAAACGUAAGUUGGAAAACUCAGUCAGCGGUUUGAAAGUUAAGAAAGCGCUAAUCGAAACUAUUAUCAAUGAGGAUCCGCGCAUAAAAAACGUCGCAGCGGUAGUGGAAGAGCCUUAUAUAAAGAAGCCUAAAACGAAAAGUGCGCUUCUUCUUGAUAAUUUGAUUAGGAAAAACAGUAUUGACGGAAAAGGAUACCCAUCGGACACAGAAUUAAAUCCAGCAGAACUAUUCCUGCCGCCAAGUGAAAAUACAGUACAGAACUGUCCUAAGAAAACCCUAAAUAAUAAUAAUAAUAUUGUCGAUAAUAAUAGUUCAGUUAAUGGUGUACGCCCCAAAACAAUAGCAGCUGUAAGCCAACUCAUAGAAAAGAAACUUGCGUACAAGAACGCUUGCAAGAUUGACUCAAAAAUUACGCACAAUUUAAAAUCAGUAUUAAAAACACCCACCGAUAAUUCAGACUUCAAAGAAGAUAUUAAAACGCUGCCGAGCAGUGGUUCGGUUCCUGAAAUGAACGUUGCGAAAGAAAAAUGUGAAACAAAACCUGUUGAAGAUAAAUGUGAUCCAAUUAAAGAUGAUGUUUGUGAUGUUAAAAACAGUGACAAGUCUGAAGAUGAUACAAAGUCCAUAAAAGCGAUGAAACCUAACAAAAUUAAAUUGAGUUUGAACCAGUCAGAGUUAAAAUCUAACACUGAUAUCACAGUAAAUGAAGAUGAAUCUCAAUGUAUACCCAGAAAAAUACAAACUCAGGAAGAGAUUAUAAUGGAUCUCGAAGUUUCAGACAAUAAGAUAGAUAAAAUAUCAUCCAAAAAGUCAGUAAUAGACAAGGCUAAUGGUGAAAUCAAAGGCAAAAAUGUUGAAAAAGUUGUCAAAUUGCUGGUUUCCAAGAAGCAAGCAAAGAAAUCCGAAGAAAUGGCUCAAGAAGUAGCCCUUGAAGAGGUUGAAGAGAAAACGAUAGAACAGGCGAAAGCGGAGAAGACUGGGAAGCGCUGUAAACUGGCGAUCGACAAAGAAUCCAAAGGGAAGAAUGUGGAGAAAUUAGCAAAGCUGCUGGUAUCGAAGAAGACUGCUUUGAAAAUGGACGAAGCGGUAUCGGUCGUGGAGGACGCGUGCGCCUCGCCCAUACCCUCAAUUGGGGAGGCUGCUGCAUUGGAGACUGUGGGGCAUUUCAACGGGGGCGGGAUAGGCGGGAGGCGAACGAGACGCCGCCGCAGCGGUGUGCGGAGGGCCAGACGCCCUCCUGCGCCUUUAGCGCCGCCCACACUUCAACCGCGGCCGCCCCCUCGGUGGAGCAACGGCUGGAACUGGGACGGCGAGCACUACGUCUCCAAAGUCUACCUCAAUAACGACUCGCGGCUGGACCGCACGGCGCGGUGCUGGGCGCGCAUGUGGCACGCGAGCGGCGACCGCGUGGCGAGAGGCGACUGCGUGCUGCUACGCGCAUCACUAGCGCGCGCUCAACCCUUCGUGGCGCGCGUUGCCAGCCUUUGGGAGAACCCAGACGACGGCGAGAUGAUGGUGUCGCUGGUGUGGUACUACCGGCCGGAGCACACGGAGCGCGGGCGGCAGGCGGGCGACGCGCCCGACGAGGUGUUCGCCUCGAGGCACCGCGACGCCAACUCCGUCGCCUGCAUAGAGGACAAGUGCUACGUGCUCACCUUCAACGAGUACUGCCGGUACAGGAAGCGGCUAAAAGCGGCCGAGGAGGGCGUCGCGAUCGCCCCCUCUAUCGUGCCCCCGAUGCCGGCCGGCGAGGUGACGCCCGCCCUGGCGCCCAACGACACCAAGCUGCCGCCCUCCGUCUCGCCGGAGCUGGUGCUGUUCUGCCGCAAGAUCUACGACUUCAGGUCCAAGAAGAUCCACGUUCCCAACAAA